GCCUGACUUUUGACGAAGAAGAAUCAGUCGGCACCGCAACACGCCCGCGCUCGCUUUACACACGAUAUAAUAACCUUUCUUUGCUCCGUUUAAUUGUUAGCAACUUUUCUCGCUCCACCUCCGCGAACUUCUCUCUGUUGAUCUUUUUAAUGACGUUUUAACGAUGCUCGAUGCUGCGUGAGGAGUGCAAGUGCACGUCGGUUACUCGGUCUCGGUUCUGUGUCUGUUUUAUUUUCUGCUUUUAUCCGCGCGCACAGUCGCGUCCAGUUUCGAGGUUACAAACUUUGUAUAUAUAGAAUAUAGACAAGCAAGGUAUAUGUGCAUUGUAUACCGGUGUGUGCUCGAGUAUGACAGAUUUUUAUGAAGAUUUCUGAUUCGAUAAAGAUUUUUAUACGUAAAUAAACAAGAUUUUAAAAUGGAUAGAGGAAAGGCUGGAACUGGUCGUGGCUCUAAAAAAAUUACUCCUCAUCCAUCGGAGUUCAUAGUGCUCGGUUCGAAAAAUACUAGGGAUCCCAUUGAUAACAAGAGACCCAAUAUUGUGAUAUCAAAAGCCAGCUCAAGCAGCAGCCUCAUAAGCAAUGACAGAAAAAAAGAAGGUUCCUCGCUGCCAGCGCUUAUACCAUCAAAAAAACCAAAACUAGCCAGUCAUGCUACAAAUCCGACUAUAAGACCAUCAGAUGCAACUGUGAAAGAAAUUUGGGAGCUCCUUGCUGUAGACAUUGAUCCAGCAGAUUUCGUGCCCUCAGUUAUGGAUGCUUGUGAAAGUGAGGAUAAUGACCGAAUUGUAAAGCUUAUUUGUGGCGCACUAAAAAUUUUGAAAGCUUCUAGAUAUACCCCUGAUAAGAUUAUCUGCUUGGGUUUAUUAUAUUUGGUAAAAAUUAAACCAAAUAUAUUCUGUAACGAAAACAUAACAACAGGUUUUGCUGCACUUUUCAAAAAAGACCCCAAUUUUAAAAAGGGUAAUCCAGUGAUACCUGUGGUUAUAUCAAAUGUAAUUAUGCAUGGAUUUAACGAUAAGAGAGAUUGGCCUAAAGAUUUUAUCAGGAUUUUUAUUGAAGAUGCUAUUGGAGAAAGAUUAUGGGUUGAUAAUGAAGAAUGCAAAAGUUUUGUUGAUAAUAUUUUAACAGCAUUCAAUACUAGAGAACCUCCAAAAAGUGUAUUACAACCAGAAGUAGGUAUAUUGACACAAAAAGAAUGCCCAAGUCCUUCAACACCUAUGGAAGAUGACAACGGAUCUUCUUUGAGUCAAAUACUUGGAGACAAAGAGAAAAGUGAUUCAUCUGUAAUUCCUAGAUUUGCUAAUAUUCAAGACUUUGUAGAAAAAACAGUUGUUGAGAUAGUCAAAGAACGGUUGGCCAGAAGUCAACCUGAUACAAUAAAUCGUAACUUGUUAAAAUUGUUGUCUUCAACUUGUGGAAUUGCGGAAAUAAGACUGAUUGCUGUUUCCAAACUUGAGAAUUGGUUACAUAAUCCAAAAUUAAUGCGAUCUGCACAAGAACUAUUGCUCUAUGUUUGUUAUAAUUGUACUACACAUACUCAAAAAGAUAUGGAAGUUAUAAAUCAGCUGGUGAAAAUAAGAUUGAAAACAAAAGCUGUUAUUAAUCUUUACAUAAACGGAGUUAAAGAGUUGAUUUCAUUACAUCCAGAAAAUUUGUCUACUUUGUUCAGGUCUACCAUUUACAAUGAAUUAUCAGUGGGUAAUAAUCGUAAUCCAAAUAAUAUGCAUAUGCUACAAGUCAUGUUUGCAAAUGCACCGGAAGCAUCUGCUCAGCUGCUAGGAAAAUUAUUUCAAGAUUUAUUGUUGAGUCGAGAGGAUUAUUUAAGACCAUUGCGUGUGCUUUUUCGUGAAAUUGCUAGAGUGUGCAGAAAUGAUCUGAUUUUAUUAGUUGUAGCUCGAACUCUAAUGAGUGCAAGAUUAGAAAUUAUUCAACAAUUACCUGUUUUUGAAUUUAAAGAACGUAUGUUUCAUUCUAUCAUUGAUUUACUUUGUUUAUGCAUGUUUCUGUGCAUAACCCCACAAGUUAAAGAAGCUGUUAUUUUGACACAAAGGGGCGAUAAGAAAGAAGCAAGUGUACUUCACAAUUUUCAAAAUUCAGUUGCAACUAUUCAAUAUGAAACAAUUGCUUGGAUCCAGUGUUCUGCUAGUCAAAUGUUUGGUAUUAAUAAAAAGUCAGAUUUUCAUCAAAGUCUUUUGAAAAUUUUACUACUAGAAUCACAAGAACAGUAUCAUAAACUUGAUGGCUUUCCACCUGAAUCUGAAAGACCAUUUUAUAUGAGAAUGGUUUCUGAAGUCCCUGUACUUGAACAAACCAUAAUGAAACUUAUUUAUAUUGGAGUUGCUGAGGAAAAUCCAAUGACUCAUGCUGAAAUAUUAGACAUAAUUGACCAAAUCAUUCGUAGAUCAUCAAUGCAUUCUUCUGAAAUGUUUCCACUGCUUCACAUAGAAAAACCAGAUAUCGUUGAAUGUAUAUUCAGUUUAUGCAUGUACUCUCCACGCACAGUUUCUCCUACUAUUCCAGCUGACUAUAUACCUCCUACUCUUGCUAUUGCAAAUUUAUACUGGAGAGGUUGGUUGAUGUUAUUAAUGAUCGUUGCUCAUAAUCCUGCUACAAUCGGAAAAAUUAUGUGGAAACACUAUCCCAUGCUAGAUGUGUUGAUAGAAAUGUGUAUUACAAAUCACUUUUCAUAUCCACCACCAACAAUGGCUUCAUCUGAAGGAAUAGAUCAAGAACGAACUAAAGAGUUACACUUAGCAGCUUUAGAGAAACAGGAAAUAAUCCAAUAUGAAACACAUUUAGCUGGUAAAGGGCCAGUAACUGAGUCAGCUAGCUAUCUUCUUCCUCAGACAAUGUUUUAUGAGCCUCAAGGCAUGCCCAGACGUCCACCUCAACUUGUUCUUGAUCAAAUUCAAUCAUUGAACACAACCCAUCGUUUGCGUGAACUUCUUUGUAGAUCGAGAAAUCCAGAUUUUUUACUUGAUAUCAUUCACAAACAACAAUCUAGUUCAUCUCAAAACAUGCCUUGGUUGGCUGAACUAGUUCAAAAUAAUGAGGGAUCUCUUAGCCAGUUGCCAGUACAGUGCCUUUGUGAAUAUCUUUUAAGUUCUUCAAUUAUGCAUUCUGAUAAACAGUCAAGACAGAAACAGUUGUUAGCUCAUUUACAGCAAUUAUUAAUAGAUCCAUUGCACGAUUCACAACAUUCUUACGAAGUUUUAGAAUAUUUUAUGAGAAAAUUAAGUAGUUCCGUAAGCAAAAGUAGAAUGCAAGCGAUAAAAGCAUUGAAACUUAUACUCGAUGACAUUUCUAUGGACGACGAAGUUAUGAUAGUCGAUGGAGAUUUGGACUAUUAUAAAAAUGAAUCAUGGUUACUGCAAAAAUUGCCAUCAAUCCCACACUUUUUAACUGUACGCUCGCUCGUUGCCAAAGCUUUACGUGGAGCUUGUAACGUAGAAUACAAUCCUGAUCUGGUGCAAGCAUACAUAAUUUAUCUAGCUGCCCAUACUCAAGGAGACGAUUUGGUCGAUUUCACUCAUGCGGUUAACGAAAUUUCUCAAUUAGUUGUUGAACGAAACACAAUUUUUGCAGCUAUACUGCCGCAAACUGAUACUGACAAUCCUCGAGCUAAGCAAACUUUGCGAGCACUAAUGUCGCUCUACUGUAAUUAUUUGAAUAAGGCCAGAGCAUUGAGACAAGACAAUUCGCGUGUUACAUGGUCUGAAAGUCAAGAUCUCAUUCUAGUUGAAUGGGCCACUGGAGAAGAAUGCACGAUGCAUAUUCUUGUAGUUCAUGCUAUGAUAAUAUUGCUUACGUACGAUCAAUUGAAAGAGGACCCUUUAUUUCAACAACUAUUGGAAACUUGGUUUCCAGAAAAUCACGAGCCACCAAAAGCUUAUCUGAUUGACACGAGUGAGGAAGCUCUUUUGAUUCCAGAUUGGCUAAAACUGCGUAUAAUUCGAAGUAACUUGCCGAGAUUAGUUGACGCUGCGUUGCGGGAUCUUGAGCCCUACCAACUGGUAUUAUUUAUUCAAAGUUUUGGAGUACCAGUAAAUGCAAUGACGAAGUUGCUAUGUUUAUUAGAUGAAGCUAUUCAAAAGAAUCCGGGAGCUGUAACUCAAAAUGUGCUUGAUAAAAUGUACAUGACAGGACUCGUUAAAAUUCUUCACAAUCGUGGCGCUUCGGGAGGUUUAAUAUUUCUUGAACACAUCCACAUUGGAACACCGCCAGCACCUGAAGAGAGCCUGAAACCCAUCAAAAAACAAUUGGAGCAAUUACCAGUGGCAUCUAUGCUACAAAAGCAAGCUUCCGUUCAGUUGGGAUCAAUAAAAACUGAAGUUCCUAGCCUCAUUAAUCAGUUAUUUAUAGAAAAUAUCCCAAUGAGUCAAAAAAAUGAAGUCUACAGAAAGUUAUCUAAAAUGUUGGCAAAGGAUCAGCACAAGCUGGGAACUGAAAAAGAGAGAGGUGCCAUUGUGGUGGCUAUCAAACAUAUUUUGAGUGUUCUAAGCUCUUUCCAGGUGAAAGACUUUUUGUCCUCUCUGGCUCACAUGUCUCAAUACUCCUGUACGUUAAUGCGCCUUAUCCUUCAUCCAUUGAAACGUCACAUAACUUGCACAAAAGUUAUUGAGCUCGCCCGCAGUAUGUGUUUGAACUUAAUCUCCAUGUAUGGUGAUAUUCAAGCACCUGUUAUUUCAGUUUUACGCGAUUUUGUCAGUAUUAACGUUCCGCAAACGAAGUAUCAAGAUAAGUUGAAAUUUACCGAAGAGCCAAGCAAAAUUUUAGAAACAGCCGAUCUUCAAGAACUCGAGUGCGUUGGAAGUAAAUUACUCGACGUUUGUAUGGAGAAAAAUCGCAAUGACGUAUUGAUUCAGUCCAUAACAAACUUGUUGAUCGCUGACAAUGAACAAUGUAUGAUAAAACCGCGAACAGGAUUGUUAAUUGAUUGGCUGGCAUCGAUGGAACCAGAGCUUAUUGGCACGUGUCCAAAUUUGCAGAUACGUUUAUUAUUUGGAAAAACCAACGUUUUUGUCAGAAUAGAUGAAAGCAUUGUGAGCUCGCAUUCUUGUAGACCUUAUUUAUUGACUUUAUUGACUCAUGGAGCGAGCUGGGCCACUCUGCAAAAAUGCGUCGACCACCUGUUAACCCAAUGCCACCAAGAAUAUGAUCCAACGGCGGUCUUAGAUUUCCUUUGGUCGCUAACGUGUAAUCCAAAAUUAUGGCAGGGUCGUGAGAAAUACUCUACCAAAAAUGACUUACCUGAAAAUAUUUUACUUUUGACAAGUGAUCAAUUACUCUCUUUGGCCAAGUAUGUUGUUGAAGAAGCAGUUAUUUUAUGCAAUCGCCAAUCUCGCAAAACGGCUGUGUCACAAAUGGAAUCCAGACUAGAUUUACUUAUUUGCUGUUUCUCCGGUAAAGAAGAAUUGACAAUGAGCAUCGUCAAAUAUUUAGCUGGAGAAAUGACUAAUCACAAUGACACAUAUGCUGACGUAUCGCACCAAUUUUUGUUACACAUGUAUAUGAAAAUUCCUAAAAUUAUUACGUAUCUUUCAACAUAUCAAACUAAAAGGUUAUCACAGAAUGCGUGCAUUGCUGAAUGGACAGGUUCAGUUUUGGACUGUAUGAGUCACUCUUUGCUCACAAGUUUGGCAGCUAUACCUCGUCAAAAAUCUUACGGUGUUAAAUCCCGCGAGCUUGAACUCUGUGUCCGUAAAAUGGCUGCAGUACAUCCUCUUCUUGUAUUGAGACAAUUACCACUACUUUCAACAUCACUAAUGGGAUGGAAUGACUUAGAAUUUGGUCAAUUUAGAUCUAGUCAUCAUUUAAGUUUAUUCAAUCAAGUGAUGGGUUUGUUAGAGUUAUUGCAGCCCUAUUUGUUUGAAGAGGAACACCAGAGAGGCUUAGAAGCUACUCUCGACAAUUACUGCAGAUGUUUUAGGAACUUUUGUACUAUUGACGAUCUUACUACAUUAUUAAAUCGAUUUGCUCAACUUUUACACGCGUAUAUUCAGCAUGCCGAGCGGAGAGCGCUCAAAUUCAUCCAAAAACACAUUUAUUUGCUUCAAGAUUUACAAGCUCAUUAUUUAGGAUUGGAAAGUUUGCGUUCGCUUGUUCAUGGAAUACAUGUUCCAAGAGAAGGGGAAAAUUCGGAUCAUCUUCUUAUUACUGUUGGUUUUCGCCAUGCACCCAGCCCUCCACCAGCGGUUUUGCCUGACAUUAUUGUGAAACUGACAAAAAUUCAGGGUGAAGAGGUUUUGAGCUCGUUACAAGAAAUUGAACACUGGUCUUCACGAAAACCCGCUAUAUUGGAACCAGUAAUUGAUAAUAUAGCAGAAUUGCUAGUUUCACCACAAACAAAUAUAAGGAGUUUAUCACAUCAAUUGUUGGCGCGAGCCUUGAAGAACAAACCUCAUCCACAUCUUGGUAUUUUAGCAUCACUUCAAAAGUGUUUGGAUAGCUCUCGAGCUGAUAUUCUAGCAUCAGCUCUUGAUAAGUUGCCUGAUUACAUCCUUUGCAUGCAAGAAUAUGCUUUACCCCUUCUGCAAAGGGUUUUUGAGCUUGGAGUUAAUUCAAAUGUAAAUACGAUUCCUCACAUUAAUAAAAGUGUUACACUGUUAAAUAUUCAAAGAGGCUGUUAG